UCUAGGGAGAAAAGGCCAAGAGAUGAAGAAGCAGAAGAUUUUGAAACCAUGGCCUUUGAUGGUUUUGAAGCUAUAAGAGAGGAAGAGGAGGGGGUAAUUUUUCCAAUUGUGCCUUUAAAGAUUACUGAACCCAUAGAUGACCGUCAAAUGGUCGUCAAGUGCUCGGCGAGUGGAACUACUCCAUCAGCACCUCCACGGGGAAAACCCCAAGUAAAGCCCAAGAUCAAAAGGAACAAGAGUCUGAAAGAAAAGAGCAUCUCAACUAGGGAAACCAGGAGCAAGACGGUGAAGCCAGCUGCAAACACAAGGAGCAAGUCGAAAAUUUGAAUUAAGUUGUUGGGAAAUGUUUGUGUUGUCAAUUUGAGGGCGAGUCGAUCGCUUAAAACUUGGUAGAUUUGUAUUAAGAUGUUGGCAUCUUAAAACUUGGUAGAUUUGAGCUACUGUGAAAACUUAUCAGUUGUAAUAAUGUUGCUUCUACUUUGGUUUCUUAUUUGAGUCAGAAUUCAAAUUUCCAUCAAUAUUUGAAUUUGGGCCAAAAUUUGGAUUCGAGCCAAAGUUGAAGUUGAACAUUGGAGGUUCAUUGCUCUGUGUGGUGUAUUUGAUCGAGCAUUUGAAGUCCAAUAUUCGUAGGUGAACAGUCCGAAUGAAAAAUGUGCUGGAAACGAGCUCGAAAGCUAGGGUAAACAGCCCUAUUUGAAAUCAAGUUUUUUUGACCUUGCCUAAAUAAGGCAUAUAUAUUUUUAUUAACACUUGUUCCAUAUAUAUAGGGUAAAAACGAAGUCUCACUAUUUAUUGAUUAAUAUUCAUAUUACUACAUUUUUUUUGAAAAAAUAUGCUUUUAUUCAAAACCGUCAAAUAACACGUUUUAGAUAUGAAAAUGAAAAAGUAAGUUCAGAUUCUUCUUAUUCACUCCAAAAUGAAGCUAUGGAGAUUUUUCUGAUUUUUUUUGAAUUAUUUUGAUUUUUUUCAAACCCUAAACCCUCUCUCCCUAUUCUACGAACUCUGAACAUGUUCAUAGGUGAUAGCUCAUUUGUGUGAAGCCUUUUUUCAUGAAAAUGACCUACACCAAGUUUAUAUUUUUUUCUCAUAACCUUGUCACAUAUGAUGGCUAUGUGCGCAAGAAUUACAACAUUUUGAUUUUUUUUGAUUUUUUUAAAAACAUUUGAACUUGAUUUCGACAGAUCACUUCAAAAAAUGAUUUUAAAAAAAAAACGCCCCUAUACCGAGUUUAUAUUUUUUUAUGGUAACUAGGUCUCAUAAACGGACGAACUACGUUUGUUUUAUAUUUUUGCAAUUUUUUCUAAUUUAGUUAUGGCCAUUUGAAAUCUGGUCAAACCCUAAUAACCCCGUUGACUCGCUCAUAACCCCGCAGAAAUGCUCCAAACCCUAGCGUCGAACGUCCGCCGUCGGAUCCUACCAAGCGCCAAACACCACCCGUCAGAUGUGGGGCAGGCAUGCGCGAUCCGCGUGAUGCAUCCUGAUUGGCUACUGCACUGUCCUUCUCGGGUUUUUACGAUCUGCCCCACUUUACAUAUGAAAUUGUAUUUUUCGCACAUGACCACCACAUGUCAGUGUUAAGAGUUGGUUCAAAUAUUCAAACUGCAAAAUACAAUGUGGCAAAUCGUCAAUAUAGCUUCCCCUUCUCCUCUUCUCCAUCUGACAGACAAAGGCAUCGAGCAGAUCGAGCAGUUCCUCUGUUUCUUUGCCCAUCUUCUCGUUCUUCUUCCUCUCGAGCAAUUCCUCUGUUUCUUCCUCUCCGGCGAUAUGUCGACCUCCUCGUCAGCACCCCGUUCCACGUGGCCGGUGUAUGGUCCAGUGCCGAUGACUCGAUGCACUGACUGCCCACGGACUGCGCCACUGAAGAGGUUGACUUCAAAGGAGGAGAAGAAUGGGAACUUUGGGCGCGAGUUCGUCAAAUGCGAGAGCAAGCCGGAGGGGCAGAUCGUGAAGAAAUGCCACCAUUUCGAGUGGAUGGAUGAUUACAUCCAGAGGCUUCAAGGGUUGGGCUUGCUGGAUUCGAGGGGGAAUGCAAUCCGCGAGUUCAAUCUACCCCAUGAUAGUGCCGCUCCGGCAGCAGCAGCACGUCCGGAAUACCCGACGGUGGUAGAUGUCGAACUGAAGACGGAAUUGAAGAAGAUGAACAAGAACUUCAAGCAGCUGAUUGAGUUGAAGAAGCAAUCCAAUCUGAUAGCUUUAGGAAUACUUGCUCUAGGAAUUUUUUACUUGAUGGCCAUCUCUCGUUAG